AUGCACCGAAUAGCUCCAAACACGAUCGGAAAUAAUUUAUUCUUGUUGGCGCUAAUUGGAUUAGAGAAGCGGAAGCUGCGUUUGUCGGGACGAUUGGAGAAGUUCAUGGCCGCAGGACUACUCGUGCUGUUCUACCAGAUGAAAUGUGCGUACGAGACGAAAAUCAUAUCUUACAUGAUCGACACUCCCUCAGAACCGGAUCCAAUGACGAUUGAGGAUCUUCGGCAACGGAAAAUUAAGAUAUUGUUGGAUGACAAAUCAGUUAAUCGAUCAAUUGUUCAAUCAAAAUACGAUAUUAUGAUUUCCGAAGAUGAUUACAGCAAAGUAUAUAGCCUACAACGAAAAUACCGAUAUAUAUCUCUCAAGGAAAAUUUCUUUACCGAUAUAAUGUUCUAUACCUUUUAUAAAACUCAUCUCUUCAUAAAGAGAUUUGCAAGAUUUCAACGGAGCACUUUUGAGGCAGGGAUGAAAAAGCAUUGGCGUUCGAUUAGAUCUGGUUAA